AUGACGGCGCUGGGCUGGCGGCGGCGGCGACGGCGGCGGCGGCGGUGGCCGCGGCUGCCGCUGCCGCUGCUGCUGCUGCUGGUGGCGCUGCCCGCGCUGCCCGCGCCGGGGCCCGUGGCCGCGGCGGCCAAGCUCAACAUCCCCAAGGUGCUGCUGCCCUUCACGCGGGCCACGCGCGUGAACUUCACCCUGGAGGCCUCGGACGGCUGCUACCGCUGGUCCUCCACGCGGCCAGAGGUGGCCAGCAUCGAGCCGCUGGGCGUGGACACCAAGCAGUGCUCCCAGAGGGCCGUGGUGCACGCCCGCCCCGCGCAGCCCGCCCGACUCACCAGCAUCAUCCUCGCCGAGGACGUCACCACGGGCCAGGUCCUGCGCUGUGACGCCAUCGUGGACCUCAUCCACGGCAUCCAGAUCGUCUCCACCACCCGCGAGCUCUACCUGGAGGACUCGCCACUGGAGCUGAAGAUCCAGGCACUGGACUCGGAGGGGAACACGUUCAGCACCCUGGCCGGACUGGUCUUUGACUGGACAAUUGUGAAGGACCCGGAGGCCAACGGCUUCUCAGACUCCCACAAUGCACUGCGGAUUCUCACCUUCUCGGAGUCGACCUACAUCCCCCCGGCCUACAUCUCAGAGAUGGAGAAAGUCGCCAAGCAGGGGGAUACCGUCCUGGUGUCGGGGAUGAAGACCGGAAGCUCCCGGCUCAAAGCACGGAUCCAGGAGGCCGUGUACAAGAAUGUCCGGCCAGCGGAGGUGAGGCUGUUGAUUCUGGAGAACAUCCUGCUGACCCCCGCAUCCGAUGUCCACCUGCUGGUGGGUACCUUCAUCCGCUACCGGGUGCAGAAGAUCAGGCAGGGGAAGAUCACCGAGCUCACCAUGCCUUCCGACCAGUAUGAGCUGCAGCUGCAGAACGACAUCUGGGACCCCGAGGGAGACCCGCGCCGGCCAGUGGCAGUGCUGGCCCAGGACACGUCGACGGUCACGGCGGUGCAGCUGGGCCAGAGCAGCCUGGUCCUGGGCCACAAGAGCCUGCGCAUGCAGGAGGCGCCCCGGCUCCCCAACAGCACCAUCUACGUGGUGGAACCCGGAUACCUGGGGUUCACGGUGCACCCCGGGGACAGGUGGGUUCUGGAGACGGGCCGCCUGUACGAAAUCACCGUCGAGGUGCUUGACAAGGCCGGCAACAAGGUGUUUCUGUCCGACAACAUCCGCAUGGAGACAUCACUGCCCCCCGAGUUCUUCGAGGUCCUCUUCUCCUCACAGAACGGCUCGUAUCAUUACGUCAAGGCUGUGAAGAGGGGCCAGACCACCAUCGAGGCUGCCCUCACCUCCGUGAUAGACCAGGAUGGAGGUGUCCAUACACUCCGGGUGCCUGUGUGGAACCAGCAGGAGGUGGAAAUUCAUGUCCCCAUCACCCUCUAUCCCAGCAUCUUGACAUUUCCAUGGCAACCAAAGACUGGCUCCUAUCAAUACUCCAUAAAGGCACAAGGUGGGAGCGGGAACUUCAGCUGGUCUUCAUCGAGCUACACAGUGGCCACUGUGACCGUCAAGGGGGUGAUGACCACAGGCAGCGACACUGGACUCAGUGUGAUCCAGGCACAUGACCUGCAGAACCCGCUGCAUUUCGGGGAGAUGAAGGUGUACGUGAUCGAGCCCAGCAGCAUGGCCUUCGCCCCCUGCCCGGUGGAGGCGCGUGUGGGCCAGAGCCUGGAGCUGCCCCUAUGGAUCGUCGGCCUCAUGCCCGGCGGGGACGGCGAGCUGGUCACCCUGAGCGACUGCUCACACUUCAACUUGGAGGUGCAGGUGGAGAACCAGGGCGUGUUCCAGCCGCUCCCGGGGAGGCUGCCGCCAGGCAAGGAGCACUGCAGCGGCAUCCGGGUGCAAGCCGAGACCCAGGGCUACACCACCCUCCUCGUCAGCUACCAGCACGGCCACGUUCAACUGAGCGCCCGCAUCACCAUCGCUGCCUACCUGCCCCUCCGGGCCGUGGACCCCUCCUCUGUGGCCCUGGUGACCCUGGGCUCCUCAAAGGAGAUGCUCUUUGAAGGAGGUCCCAGGCCUUGGGUCCUGGAGCCGUCUAAGUUCUCCCGGAACGUGACGUCGGAGGACCCCGGCAGUGUGCGUGUGGCUCUCUCCGGACCCCCCGCCUCCCGGAAUCCCCAGCAGCAGCACCGGGUCCUGGUGACGUGCCAGGCACUGGGGGAGCAGGUCAUCGCUCUCUCCGUGGGGAACAAGCCAAGCGUCACCAAUCCCUUCCCGGCGGUGGAGCCAUCAGUGGUGAAGUUCGUGUGCGCCCCGCCCUCCCGACUCACCGUCACACCCGUCUAUGCCAGCCCCCCACUGGACAUGGCCUGCCCUCUGCUUCAGCACAACAAGCAGGCGGUUCCUGUGUCCAGCCACCGUGACCCCCUGCUGGACCUGGCCGCCUACGACCAGCAGGGCCGCAGAUUCGACAACUUUAGUUCACUGAGCCUCCACUGGGAGUCCAGUCGGCCCACACUGGCCAGCAUCGAGCCAGCGCUGCCUCUGCGGCUGGAGGCCCAGGAUGAUGGCAGUGGCCAGAAGAAGCUGCACGGCUUGCAGGCCAUCGCGGUCCACAAGACCUCAGGCACCACGACAGUGACCGUCACCGCCACCGGCUACCAGCAGGCCCACCUGGGCGCCGCCCGAGUGAAGCAGCUGCACGACCCUCUGGGGCCCAUCUCAGCCUCCCUCGAGCUCAUCCUGGUGGAGGACGUGCGAGUGAGCCCGGAAGCGCUAACCAUCUACAACCACCCUAGGGUGCAGGCAGAGCUGUUCCUCAGAGAAGGUUCUGGGUACUUCUUCCUCAACACCAGCACUGCAGAUGUGGUCCAGGUGGUGUAUCAGGAGGUCCGGAGCACUGCUAUGGUGCUGCCUCUGUUCCCAGGCUCCGUCACUGUCAUGGUCCAUGAUCUGUGCCUCGCCUUCCCGGCGCCCGCGAAGGCCGAAAUCUUCGUCUCGGACAUCCAGGAGCUGUAUGUCCGCGUGGUCGACAAGGUGGAGAUCGGGAAGGCGGUCACGGCCCACGUCCGCGUGCUGGACUUCCACAAAAAGCCAUUCCUGGCCAAGUACUUCGCCUUCAUGGACCUGCGACUCCGCUCAGCCUCCCAGAUUGUCACCUUGGUGGCCCUGGACGAGGCCCUCGACAACUACACGGCCAUGUUCCGCGUCCACGGCGUGGCCAUUGGCCAGACGAGUCUGACAGCCACGGUGACCGAUAGAGCAGGACAGAGAAUCAACUCGGCUCCACAGCAGAUCGAGGUCUUUCCCCCGUUCCGACUGAUACCCCGGAAGGUGACAUUGAUCAUCGGGGCCACGAUGCAGAUCACGUCCGAGGGUGGUCCCCAGCCUCAGUCCAACAUUCUCUUCUCCAUCGGCAACACGAGUGUGGCGCUGGUGACUGGCGCCGGGCUGGUGCAGGGCCUCGCCGUGGGCAACGCCUCCGUGUCGGGGGUUGUGCAAGCUGUGGACGCAGAGACCGGCAAGCUGGUCAUCGUGUCGCAGGACAUCGUGGAGGUGGAGGUUCUUCUCCUGCGGGCAGUGAGGAUCCGUGCGCCCAUCACGCGCAUGCGGACAGGGACCCAGAUGCCCGUCUAUGUCACUGGGAUCACCAACAACCAGAACCCUUUCUCCUUUGGCAACGCCGUGCCUGGUCUGACCUUCCACUGGUCUGUCACCAAGCGGGAUAUCCUGGACGUCCGGGGUCGACACCACGAGGCGUCCAUCCGGCUCCCCUCACAACACAACUUCGCCAUGAACGUGCACGGCCGGGGGCGAGGCCGCACGGGGCUGCGAGUGGUGGUCAGGGCCCUGGACCCCGCUGCCGGGCAGCUGCAGGACCUGGCCGCGGAGCUGUCAGAUGAGAUCCAGAUCCAGGUAUUUGAGAAGCUGCGGCUGCUGAGUCCUGGAAUAGAAGCAGAACAAAUAUUAAUGUCACCCAACUCGUUCAUAAAGCUUCAGACAAACAGAGACGGCGUUGCUGCCCUCAGCUACCGCGUCCUGGACGGGCCCGAGAAGGUUCCGCUCGUGCACAUGGACGAGAAAGGCUUCCUGGUGUCCGGCUCUGCCGUGGGCACAUCCACCAUCCAGAUCACCGCCCAGGAGCAUUUUGGGACCAACCAAACCAUCCUCGUCGCUGUGAAGGUGUCCCCCGUUUCUUACCUGAGGAUCUCCAUGAGCCCCGCCCUGCACACCCCCAACAAGGACGCCCUGACAGCCCUGCCUCUGGGAAUGACCGUGACCUUCACUGUCCACUUCCAUGACAACUCGGGAGACGUUUUCCAUGCGCACAACUCUGUCCUCAACUUCGCCACCAACAGGGACGAGUUUGUGCAGAUCGGAAAAGGCUCAACGAACCACACCUGCGUGGUGCGUGCCGUCAGCGUGGGCCUCACCCUGCUCAGCGCCUGGGAUGCCGAGCACGCCGGCCUCUCCGACUUCGUGCCGCUGCCCGUUGUCCAGGCCAUCUCCCCCCAGCUGUCCGGCACGGUGGUGGUGGGAGACGUCCUCUGUCUGUCCGCCACCCUGCUCAGUCCCGAAGGCCUCCCAGGGACCUGGAGCUCCUCCGCCAGCAACAUCCUCCACGUGGACCCCAAGACAGGUGUGGCCGUGGCUCGGGAUACAGGACCUGUGACCGUCCACUACGAGGUCACCGGGCACCUGAGGACAUACAAGGAGAUUGUGGUCAGCGCCCCCCAGAGGAUCCUGGCGCAUCGCGCCCGCCCUGGCCAGUCCAGUGCCCAGGACGUGGUGUUCUCCAGAGUGGCCGUCACCCUGGGUGACAGGAGCUCCAACCUGCGAGGUGAGUGCUCCCCCGCCCAGCUGGAGGAGAUCGAGGCCCUGCGCCCCGAGUCCCUCAUCAGCUGCCAGCUCCAGUUCCAGCAGGACGACUUCGACUUCCCAGCUCAGGAUGUCGUCACAGCCGAGCCCAGCUUUGACACGUCUCUGGGCCAGUACCUGUGCUCGGUGACCAUGCGCAGGCUGACUGACAAGCAGCUGAAGCAGCUCAGCAUGAAGAAGGCGGCACUGGUGGCCACCGCCUCACUCGUGGGCCGCCACUUGCAGGCGGAGCAGGUGGGCACCUCGGUGCCCUUCAGCCCCGGCCUCUACGCCGACCAGACCGAGAUCCUCCUGAGCAAUCACUACAGCAGCGCCGAGGUCAAGGUCUUCGGAGCCGCCGAGAUCCUGGAGGGCCUGGAGGUUAAAUCCGGGUCCCCGGCUGUGCUGGCCUUCGCGAAGGAGAAGUCCCUGGGGCUGCCCAGCUUCAUCACCUACACCAUCGGGGUCUCGGACCCGGCCGCCGGCAGCCAGGGGCCUCUGUCCACCGCCCUGACCUUCUUCAGCCCCACCACGAACCAGGCCAUCAGUAUCCCCGUCACCGUGGCCUUCCUGAUGGACCGCCGAGGCUCUGGGCCCCACGGAUCCAGCCUCUUCCAGCACUUCCUGGACUCCUACCAGGUCAUGUUCUUCACGCUCUUUGCCCUGCUGGCCGGGACGGCCGUCAUGAUCAUAGCCUACCACACCAUCUGUGCACCCCGGGAGCACUCCUCGCCCGCGACCCUGGCACCCCGCUCCAGCCCGCAGCACAGCCCCCACUAUGCAGCUGCCUUGUCGCCGACUUCUUUCAACGCGCUGCCCCCAGUGCGCAGAACCAGCCCACCCUCAGGGCUCUGGAGCCCAGCCUAUACCUCCCACUAGGGCCAUCCUGCUGGGCACAGCCUGGAGCACACUCACUGGGCCACGCCCAUCUGGGGCCACGCCCACCCGGGGCCAUGCCCACCGGGCCCGAGGGACACGCCUUCCCAGGGACACGCCCACCAGAGGGUACCUGUCCUGGUCCCCCAACCUGCCUGGAGCUCUGGGCUCACCUGUUGCUUCGCUUGAGCUUGGAGAAAAGCCUCGAAGCCCGUCUUGUACUUUUCCUUUUUCUUUACUUGGGCCCCAAGCUGAGAUGCCCGGGCUCAUGCUUGGCGGUUCAGGAGUCUGGGCGAGAGGUGCGUGUGUGUCCCUCUGCCGGCCCCCCAGAGCCUGCCGCAGCUCUGGGGAGACCGCGUCCGAAGGCCUGCGGUGAUCUCAGGGAAAGGACUUCUUCCUUCCUUACCGUUUCUGUGAGGUUCUCUUCCCCGCGGAAACUUUUCUUUCCCCCUCGCCUAGCUUCUGCUUGAAAAACGAAGGGAGCGCACAGAUGGGGGGUGUCUCAGGGAAGCCGCCCGGUACCCCCGUGCACACGGCACACCACGCAGGAAACUUGGGUCCCAGCUGUGGCUCCAUCUGACUUGACUGUAGCUCUGCCGGGCCAGGCCCCGGCCUGGGUCGCCCACCUCCUGGCAGCACAGGAUGUCCAGUGCAGGGGACAGGUGGCUCGAGCUCAUCCUUCCCGCCGUGUCCGCACACAGAGCCUGGAGCUCCCAUGUUCCUCCUCUCUGUGCCACCUCAGCACAUCUGAGCCUCACACCCCACCCCACCCCCGACCCCCCGGCCCUCCCACUGCCAGGGCCAGGAGCCCACUGCCCUCAGGAAGAGCCGGAGGCGCAGCCCAAGCGUCUCCCGGCUUGGUGGGACUCUGAGCCUCAGCUGUGAAUCCCCGUCAGAUCCUGGGCAUGGGACAGGCUGUGUGUGUGUUUUCGGCAGCUCAGGACAGGAAGAAUUGUGCCUAGUGUAUUACUUGAGCUCAGACUGACAACGUGGAUGUAAAUAAGUGCGUUUCUACUUGGUUUAUUUAAUAAAGCUCCGUUU